CUUUUCAUCACCAACUUCUUCAAAUAUUCUUAGUAUCAGAUUUUUCUCUCAUUAACAUUCAAUGGCACGAACCAAGCAAACAGCAAGAAAAUCAACGGGAGGCAAGGCGCCACGUAAGCAGCUAGCCACAAAGGCAGCACGAAAAUCAGCACCGGCCACCGGCGGAGUGAAGAAGCCACACAGAUUCAGGCCAGGGACUGUAGCAUUACGAGAGAUCCGUAAGUACCAGAAGAGCACUGAGCUUCUAAUCAGGAAGCUUCCAUUUCAAAGGCUGGUGAGGGAAAUCGCUCAGGAUUUCAAAACUGAUCUCAGGUUUCAAAGCAGCGCCGUGGCGGCGCUUCAAGAAGCCGCCGAAGCUUAUCUGGUCGGGUUAUUUGAGGACACUAACCUGUGCGCUAUUCAUGCUAAGAGAGUUACCAUUAUGCCCAAGGAUAUUCAACUGGCUCGUAGGAUUAGAGGCGAAAGGGCUUAGUUGUCCUUUUAUGUGCUCAGAUCUGUGUUAGAUUAUGUGUAUCGUUUGAUUUGUGUUAUUUUGCUGGUUUUAAUGUAUAUUUCUUCCAGAUCCAAUGCGAAAUAUAUCGUCCUUUUCUAGUUA